AUGUACUUCGUGGUUGGUGCAGUUCCCUCUACAGUAGGUGGAGACUCCGAGGCACGAUGGUUCGGCGAAGAAGGUUUCAGUGAUUAUAAGGAUGAGAAUGGUUUCCCUAUGAACUUUCCAAAAUACCUAAGGACCGCAGCCUGCUGUACUUAUGAGCACAAGGAUGACCGAGGGAACUUGUUGCAUGAGAUAAUAAACACGGCCUUCGGUAGAAUAAAUGACCCUGGAGAUUCUCCAUGUGAAAAGAGGAAUAUACCUGUACUGAGUCAAUAUUUGUCCGAAAAUAUUAAGGGGAUUGUAGACCUAUUUCCAAACAGUCCUCAGUGCUACACCUCCGGAGACGAUAUUCACUUUGAUCGAGAUCCUGACCCGAUCGAGAUGAGUGCGAGGACGUUCUUUGAAAUUCUAGUUGGACUAUGGUUGAUUGUGGUCUUUAUCAUCAACACAGCAGAGGCGAUCAAGGUUAGAAGGAAAAACGUUUAUGUUUCAAGCUCUGAAGGCAUUGAUUCUGCGAAAUGCGGUCCGAAAAUUUUACCAUGUAGGACGCUUGCGCGCGGAAUCGAGAGCGCUGACCGAAAUGCUCAUAUAUUCUUGGACGGAACAUUUAACAGCCAUACUUGCGGAAGGAUACGCAAUCGUAAAAAGAAUAUAAAAAGAGGGGAGGAUUACAGAACAGUUAAUGGAAUUUGGGAAUUUGUUGCCUAUCGUCCUCGUGCUCUUGUGAACUGCGGCGAUUCUCUUUGGUUUGCAGCCAUUUCGUUGAACAGACAGAAGUUUAAAGUGAAGUUCACCGGCAUCGUCUUCUUCAAUACCUCCAUGACUUUUAUCGACACCUCUGUAGAAUUUGACAAUUGCACCUUUUCUCGAAGCAUUCAUCCGUUAAAUUUAUGGCUUUCGCCAGGAGCUAAUGUGACACUGGUCGUCAAAAAUUCAUCUUUUUUCAACAACUUGGGAGGAAUUCAUUUGCGACAACUGCAGUUGGAUACACUUGCUAAGUAUGAAUCCUUAGGCUUUGCCAAACACCACGAAAAUCCCCCACCCCGAAUGGAUAACCGAGGGAGAUAUUUGCCUUUUCCUGUUGGAAUAGAUAUAUUUUGCAGUGAUACGAUAUUUUCAAAAAAUACAGGUCCUCUAUUCGAAAAUACUAUCAAUUCAUCACGGACAAACGAACUCUAUCACCGAAUUACGCUAGUAAAGAAUUCAGCUCCCUCAAACGGUUUGUACAUUUCAAAAGCAAGGUUCCACAAGGCUUUGUUUGAUGGUCUGGUCUGCACCGACAACAUAGAUACUCAAUGUAUUUAUAUAAAUUCCAAGGAGGUUUCGCUGGGAAUUUCUCGUUCUAAUAUAAGUGGUAACACCGCCAAUGACGACCAGGAUGCAGAUCUUCGCGGUCACAGCCACAGUCUCGUUUCGCCUUGGGCCAGUGUUUUCAUAGUUGCAGUGUCAGGUCAAGUUAACGUGUUUGAGACAGAGUGGAAAAAUCAUGCAAGUUGCUUUUACCUGAAAUGUACUUGCAAUGUUAAUUUCACUAAGGUGAACACUACCGGCUCGACCUCAAAAAAUGCAGUAAUUAUUUUGUCUGGUGACGAAGCAAUGAACGAUGACUUCGGCUCGACUGAAAUGAAGAUUCAUCUUGAACGGUGUAUAUUCCGGUUAAACGAGAAAAAUCAUAUAAAAGUCGUCUCGAAACUUCCCUUUUUGCAUCUUGUUUUAAAUGAUGUAAAAAUAAACGGAGAGCAAAUGGAAAAAAGCGGCACAAAUUCUGUGUUAGACGUCCAAAUAGAGAAAACUGCACUAGGAUCGUCAAUACGGCUGCACGAUUUCGAGGUCACGAAUGCUGUUGGCUCGACAUCAGUCGUAUUUAGGAUUUACUCAAAUAAUCCUAACAACGUAGAGAUCGUAAACAGCGUUUUUCGUAAGAUAAGGAGUGUCUUCACGAACGGAUACCUCUCAAGUCCAUUGUCAAUAUUUAUGCCCAAGGAUAUGCUGAUACAAGGCAAGGGCUGUAAUAACUCAUAUCUACGUUUCUCGUACAUCAACACAAUUACGAUUUUAAAUACAACAUUUAAGGAUAAUAUCGGACGGUCAACGGGUGGUGUCCUUCUUUAUUCAGGUAACGUGACCAUUCGCGGCUGUUACUUUGAAAAUAACUACGCGAUAAAAAGUGGAGGGCACGUUCGCGUUGAAGAUCAGCACGCGAUGCUCAAAAUUGAAAAUUCCAUUUUGAAGCAAACUUCAGCUGAAACAAUAUUCAACGGGGAAACGUUUACACACCAUGCAUCCGUGUAUUCUGAAAGCCUUGGCUCACUUCAACUUAGGAAGACAUUGAUAGUUGCAGAGUUGGACAAAGAUUCUUAUCGGUUAUUGUCAGUGGUAAGGGCGGGUCUGGUAGAGUUUGAUAAUUUCAGCAAAAUACAGUGCGCAAUAGGAAGUGUUUUGAGAGUGGACAACUUUUCGCAUUUCAUGUUCGUACCCAGUUCGUCUGAGAACCCAGAGUGUUGGUUAAAAAUAACGGUAAUGACGAUAUCAUGCCAUCAGUGCCUUGCAGGUUUUUAUAGUCUCCAGCGAGGGGAAAUACAGGGCCUUCCUAAGAAAGAAAUGUUGGCGAGCUCUGACUUAUUUUGUUCACCAUGUCCUUAAGGCGCGAACUGCUCUCGCAACAUUGAAGCCAAACCGAACUUUUGGGGGUAUCCCGAAUUAGAUGGCCCGAACUCGCUGAAGUUUGUUCAUUGUCCAGCACAGUAUUGCAGACCAGGUGGCAAAGAAGACAAAACUGACUUAUCCGUUUAUAAUAGUUGCCGUGGCAACCGAGAUGGCGUGAUGUGUGGAAGAUGCAAGAUUGGGUAUACAGAAACUUUGUUUUCCAAGAAAUGCAAGCGGAUUGACAAAUGUAAAGAUCACUGGAUUUGGCCUCUGACUAUAAUUUAUGGUGUGGUGAUGGCAUUGCUGUUUAUUCACAAACCACCUAUAAUACGAUUUCUCGUCAAAAACAUCCUCUGGUUUGCGAACUCGUCUAGAAAUCGAACGGAAUAUACAUCUCUUGAGGAGCCCGAUCAUUACAACAAAGGCUACAAAAAGAUCAUAUUUCAUUUCUAUCAGAUUUCCAGCUACCUGAAUGUUGAACCAAUCUCUGAUGCGAUCAAAAACACUGCAGAUAUUGUCAAAGAGACUGCUCCUCUUGUUACUUUUUUCUCCGGCAUCUUUAAUUUUAUUCCAACAGUUUCCAGUGAAGGCUUUGGCUGUCCUUUUCCAGGACUGAAUGUAGUUACGAAAGAGUUGAUUCUCUCCUCAGGCGUAUUUGCCACGUUAAUCAGUGUACAGGCAAUACUGAUUUUACACUUUACUUGGAACAAAUUGCGGGGCCGACCAGACCCACCCUUGGCGCCUUACGUUGCUGCAACCUUGGAGACAUUAUUGCUUGGUUGUGCAACAUUGGCCAACACAGCCUUGAAGCUCCUAACAUGUGUUCCUGUUUUGGGUGAGAGUAGAUUGUAUUAUGACGGUAACAUCAAGUGCUGGCAGUGGUGGCAUUGCUUUUUUUUGUUCUACGUCGUUAUAUUUCUUCUCCCAUUCAUUGCAGUUAUCUACUGGGGCGCGAUGAAGCUACAAAGAGGUCUAAUUUCUGUGGGACACUUCAUUGGGGCGUGUUUUUUCCCGCUUGGCUUCAUUUCUUUAUGGAUCAUUCAAAAACUAUUUUACCCAAGAAACCAACGACAGUGCCAGGAAGUGAGCUUAAGCGAGACGCGUGUUGAGGUAUUGAAAGUCCUCCACGAUUCAUUUCGCCCACCAAGUCGCCGUAAGGGAGGCUCUUUGCAUUGGGAGAGCGUUCUAAUUGGCCGCAGAUUUCUGCUCCUUUCUUACCAAGUCUUCUUCCCCGAUCCUCUCAUCCGUCUGUUUUUCAUGGACAUCACGUGUCUGUUCGUCUUCGCCUGGCACCUGACAGUGAAGCCGUUUCGUGACAGAAAAGCAAACGUCAUAGAGGCUAUCUCUCUUGCUUUCUUGGUUGUCAUAGCGACCAUAAAUUUAAUUCAAGCUAAUUUUCUAUCGGCUGGUGUGAACCCCCAAGGACCCGUGAAAAGGCACGUGAUCAUGUUGCAACAGGUCGAAAUCUGCCUGUUGGCAAUCGUGCCCCUUUUGUUGGGAUUCCUUUGUAUGUUCGCUGUUGUCUCUCAGUUGGCUCGGAUCUUAGUCCUUCUCAUUGGAAUUGUACGCUUCGUCUUCCGUCGUGUUAUAACCCUCAUUAUUAUCCGGAGGGUGACAUCUCGGCGAUAUCGCUAUUAAGGAACCGUCCUCAGGAAGUCUUAAAGGUUACGCCGGCGAUAUUGCUGAUAAAAAGGAAUUAUAUUUGCGUGUGUUUUACAAACUCUGAAGUUAUCUAAUAGAGAUUUGCUUUAGUUGUAUCUACUGCUGGGCUAGAGGAAAAUAAUGUCUACGAUUCACAUCCCAGAAAAGAAAUUAACUUUUUCGUGAUUUGAGUCAGUGAUUACAUCUUCGUUAAUAGACACAGAAAGCAUAUGAAUUUUCAAGAACACCUGUGCAGCAGAUCAUCGCUCACUAAACCCUUUGCUCUGUAAUUGACUUCCUCGUGAACAUCGAAGACAUCACCGUUGCAGUUCCCUAGAGGAACCGAUUAACCUUCUUUCGUUAAGUUGACGACUUAUUUAUAUUAAGCUGACAAUUUAUAUUUUACUGAUCAUUAUUUAUUUCCAUGGCUUUCAUCUUAGAGUUCGAGAAGGACUUUUUCUUGUAGCAUUUUUAAGCGUAACUAUUUAAUAAACUAAUUGUGGAAACUAUGAUGACAGAGAAAAGGGUUCUGUUCAUGAUUCCGUUUAUUGUUUCAUUCACAUAAACUUGUUGUUAGCUACCUGUUCGAAUGUGAGUUAUGUACUAUAAAGUAAUUAUGAAAAUCAUCUAUUUUUUCCAACAUUCAUAUUCAGUAGACUGGAUGGAAUAC